AUGUCAUCUCCUUCCGUUCCCAACAUGCCCUCUUCUAUUGGAGAACAGUCUUCAUCAUCUUCAGACACCAUCAUGGACGAAGACAAGCACUACCUCCUUCGAAACGGGCUCAUGUCUGAAGACGGCCUUCCAAGACAUGCCUCAAAGGGAUGCAGGUGGCUCAAUUGGAAUGUUGGUGCACUUGUUGCCAACGUUCUCCUCUUGAUCGCCGGCGUUUCCGUUUGGGCUCGGGUUAACUCUUCGCUGAAGAAGUUCAACUGUGGCUCGAAGCCGGACUUCUUUGAGCCAGAUCUCGUCUUUGAUACCCCCGUGGUCUUCCAGCCAUACGGCUUCUAUGGCGGAGUCAGCAACAGCUCCAACGAUGCCUGGAAGCGCCUAAUGCCCCCAGGUGACGGCAUCGUCGAAAUCCCAAACGAACUCACCUACGAUCUGCCUCCCAGCUUGCCCGCGCCCAACAGCCCAAAGACGAGCAAGGUGUAUGGCAUCAGCAUGUUCCACCAGCUGCACUGUCUCAACUUCGUCCGGUACGCCUACGAGCCGGAGUCCAUCAAGGACUAUCCUGCCGACGAGGUCGUCUACCACCGCGACCACUGCAUCGACUACAUCCGGCAAGCCAUUAUGUGCGCCGGCGAUGUGACCUUUGAGCCACUCACGGAGGUUGGCAUUAACGGCAUUGGAGCAACGCACAUGUGUCGGAGCUAUGACAAGAUGUUUGCUUGGGCGUAUAAGCAUCGGUCGGAUAAGAAGGAUGAUGGAUAUCCCCCAGGGAAGGUCACUCAUACCCCGGCGGACAGGAAUAUGUUGGAGAGUGCACAUCCGCAUAUCCAUGGUGGUCACUGA